AAGAAGGCGCUUCACAUUUUUGGGCGCAAAAAAAGAAAAGAAAUCCACUAGAAGAUGAGAGUCAUGUCAUUUCCCAACUACCACCGUCGUCCUCUCCCACCGCCACCCUAAACUCGCGAACCUAAACCCAUCCACGGCGGCAGCGUUGCUGUCUUUAGCCGAGAUAGUCGCCGGACAAAUCUCCAAGACGCACACAAUGCAAAUGCUAAGAGCGCUCUUCGCGACAUUGGCUGUCCUUUGCUCUUCCUCUAUCGUCUUCUCCGCCACAGAUUCCGAGUUCCUAGUAGGAAGCGACGCCUUAAAUGGAAGCGUGGAAUUCAACAUUUCCCUUGCGGCGAGAUCUAAUGAAGACAGCUUUGCUGGCAUGAUUGAUCGAGCUCUAGAGAAGGAAUUCAAUGAGACCAAUGACCAGUCCAGUGAAAUUGAUCAUGGGAGCUUCAACAAUAGUGUGGCAGAGCAGCAGGCAGUCCUUGAAACGGUUGCCAGGGUCAAGUCCAAGAAGAACGAGACAAGAGAAGUGAAGUCCUUUCAGCUGCAUAAUGUUUUCAACUUGGAUGACAACGGAGCUGAAGAUACACCAACAUUGAUAGAUCAAAAGGACAAUGUCUUUAUCAUUUCCAACCCAAAGUCCAAAUUUCCUGUCUUGCAGCUUGAUUUAAGAUUAAUAUCAGAUCUUGUUGUUGUGAUUGUUUCUGCAACUUGCGGUGGUAUUGCCUUCGCUUGUGCUGGACAACCAGUUUUCUCAGGGUAUUUGCUAGCUGGAUCCAUUAUUGGACCUGGAGGGUUAAACUUUGUUAGCGAAAUGGUUCAAGUAGAAACAGUUGCCCAAUUUGGUGUUAUUUUCCUUCUUUUCGCACUGGGUUUAGAGUUUUCCACAGCAAAGCUUCGUGUUGUUCGAGCUGUUGCUUUGUUAGGGGGGUUACUCCAGAUAUGUCUUUUCAUGUGCUUGUGCGGGAUAACAGCCUUGUUGUGUGGAGGAGAAGCAUCAGAGGGUGUUUUUGUUGGUGUGUUCUUGUCAAUGUCUUCAACUGCAGUGGUAUUGAAAUUUUUGAUGGAGAGAAGUAAUAUCACUACGCUUUACGGACAAGUUACCAUUGGAACCCUUAUUCUACAGGACUGUAUGGUAGGUUUACUAUUUGCACUGCUUCCAAUUCUGGGUGGUACUUCUGGGGUUCUUCCUGGAUUGAUGUCCAUGGGAAAAAUAUUUGUGACGUUGGCUACAUUUUUAGUCAUUUUGUCAAUAUUCUGCCGCACAUGUGUGCCUUGGUUUCUUAGGCUGAUGAUAGGCCUAUCAUCACAGACUCAUGAACUAUAUCAGCUCGCAUCUGUUGCUUUCUGCUUGCUUGUUGCCUGGUGUAGUGAUAAGCUGGGUCUUAGCCUUGAAUUGGGCUCUUUUGCUGCUGGAUUGAUGAUAUCAACAACAGAUUUAGCUCAACAUACACUUGAUCAGGUUGAGCCAAUCCGGAACUUCUUUGCAGCUCUUUUCCUAGCCAGUAUUGGCAUGCUUAUCCACGUUCAUUUUCUGUGGAGUCACAUUGAUAUCCUACUCGCAUCCGUUAUUUUGGUAAUUGUCUUCAAAACCAUUGUGGUUGCAACAGUGGUCAAGUGUUUUGGUUACAACAACAAGACUUCACUUCUUGUUGGAAUGUCUUUGGCGCAAAUUGGGGAGUUUGCCUUUGUUCUUCUAGGCCGUGCUUCAAAUUUUCAUCUAGUUGAGGGCAAACUGUACAUGCUGCUUUUAGGUACCACAGCUCUUAGCCUGGUAACAACUCCAUUACUGUUCAAACUGAUUCCUGCAGUAGUGCAUCUUGGGGUUCUACUGAGGUGGUUUUCUGCAGAUAUCCCUAUUGAGAGCGGAUCUAAAGGAGAUACGAGCAUGCGAGCAGACAGUGCUAAGCGCAUCACAGUCUUGGUCCAGGGCUCCGUCAUGCGUGAUACUAUGCAAUAAUAAAAAAAGACUAUAUAUAUAUAUAUAUAUAUAUAUAUAUAUAUAUAUAUAUAUAUAUAUAUAUCAACAGAAAAGAAAUACUGAGUAGCAGCAAAUCUCAGAUUUUGUCUGAUGGCACUUGUUAUCUCUGGGCAACCAGAAGUGCCCGAGACUGUGACUGAUUGAUCUUGAGUGUGGACCACACUUGUUAAUACACCCAAAAUAUGUUCUGCUGAUGACACGGUUGGAAGUGCGGAGAAAUUAGGUGCACGACAUUCUCUUACUCUCUAAGCAUAUGCAUCCUCAAGGGUUUUCGUUUCUGAUGAAACAGUCAACAUAAGUCACUGCUAGUAGUAACCUUACCCAUCUAAGUUUGCAAUUGUCACACAACAAUUUUCUUACCGCUUCCUUUCAUUAGUAGAUUCUAAUCUUUCCUCCAUUGAUUGAUGUAAAUAAGCAGAAUCCACUCAUCUUACCAUUAUUGGACUCGGUUAGUUUCGACAGUGCAGCCCCCUUUUCAGUUUUCACUUCAAGUUUUCGUACCCAAGGAUUUGAAGUUUUCGGUUAAGAUGGCCUAUCAUUGCUCUAUGAUAAUACAGUGCUUUCUCAUUCAUCUUUGUAGUAUGAUCAAACUAGGAGUUUUGGAGUAAUGGUUUGUCCGCUACGAUACGUAAAGGUAAAAUAUGAAGUAUGUAUGAACUUUUGAGAAUAACUAUUCCCAAAGAGG